AUGAAUGAAAAGGGAAACUUCGCCGCCGUUCGAAAGGACAUUGCCAAGCUGCUGCAUCAGCCUGAGUAUGAUGAUGGCAGCGCAGGGCCGGUUCUGGUUCGCCUUGCCUGGCACUCAUCAGGAACAUACGACGCCGCAACAGAUACAGGCGGUUCCAACGGAGCUGGAAUGCGAUAUGAACACGAAGGUGGCGACCCCGCGAACGCAGGCCUACAACACGCCCGAGUCUUUCUCGAGCCCGUCAAGGCUGCACACCCAUGGAUAACCUACGCGGAUCUCUGGACAUUGGCAGGCGUUGUGGCAAUCAAGGAGAUGGGUGGCCCUUCAAUUCCAUGGCAAGGAGGGCGAACAGAUUUUGUGGAUGACAGCAAACUUCCCCCACACGGACGACUCCCAGAUGGCGCAAAGGGCUCAGAUCAUCUUCGCUGGAUAUUUUAUCGUAUGGGGUUCAAUGACCAGGAAAUUGUGGCAUUGUCAGGUGCGCAUAGUCUAGGGAGAUGCCACAGUGAUCGGUCUGGCUUUGAAGGGGCGUGGGUAAACAAUCCUACGAGGUUUUCUAAUCAAUACUUCCGGCUUUUGCUUUCAUUGCAAUGGAAGAAGAAGACGUUGAAGAAUGGAGUCGAACAGUUCGUCAACUAUGAUGAAGACUCGGAGACAGAGCUCAUGAUGCUGCCGACCGACAUUGCUCUCACCCAGGACAGAGAAUUUAAGCCAUGGGUGGAGCUGUAUGCUCGGGACAAAGACAGAUUCUUCGAUGAUUUUUCGAAGGUGUUCGCGAAGUUGGUUGAAUUGGGCAUUCAGAGGGACGAGAAUGGGGUGGCGACGAAUACGGAUAAUGAGAAUGGUGGAUAUCAUGCCGCACCGAAGAAGAAGUCGACGGCAGGAAGCCCGGCGAAGAGUACAGAUGAUGAUGUUGGUCCGAGUGAGAGUGAGCCUUUGAAGGAGGGGAAUAAAGCUUUCAGAGCGAGGCUGUAG